AUGUGGCGGCACUCCUCCAUCUUCCCAUCAUACGUACGACUUUCCUGGCUUCGGGAGGUCUAUGAGAGUAGAUGCCAUGCUCGACGGUGGAUUGUAGCAGCCCAUGCUUACCUCCUCCACUUGGUGGGUUGCACUCUUUUUUCUAACAAGAGUGCAACAAAGGUUCAUGUGGUUCAUCUGGAGGGUUUCCGAGACCUGGGUCAAGCUGGGGGCUAUGCUUGGGGAGCUGCGGCGCUGGUGCACAUGUAUGACCAACUAAAUGAAGCUUGCCAGACCCCUACACGACAGAUGGCUGGGUACUUGACUUUAUUACAAUGCUGGAUAUACGAGCACUUUCCCAGUGUGCAUCAGUGUGUCACUGAUGAUGCGUAUGCUGAGACGACCCCACGUGCCUCCCAGUGGCUGACUACGAAGGCUCACAUGAGGGGGAUUAGAGGAGUGUCGUACCGAGCACGGUCAGCUGAGAUGGGGUCCUAUUGUGGUCUUUGUUCUACUAGAGAGGGUGGUCCAACAAUUCGGAUAUCUCAUAUGUUCGUCACACCGACCCAGGCAGGUGAUCAGCCCAGACAUCCACCUGCCCCACAAGAUGAGGAAUACGUCGAGCCACAUAUCCCAGAGGUUCCAGUGGCAUCUGAUCUCCCUAGACAUUCAGUGGAUGCUUGUGAAGGUUGUGAAGCAAUCGCAGAAAGGUUGGAGCGUGUGCUCAACCUCAGGAUGAUCACUGAAGGCACAGAGUUACAUGAGAUCAUGCAGGAUUGCCUCAGGAUUGCUAGGGGUGACGCCUCAAGUGGAAGUCUUAGGGCGCGACGUAAACGCCGCAUAGAUCAUUGA